UAUUGAUCAUCCGAUUAGAUGUUGUUGUUGUUGAUGAAAUUAUCAUUUUGAAAAAAGUUUAAAACAUCUUGCAGCAGCAACAACCAUGGACCAUCCAACCACCAAUUUACCAUCAUUAAAUUCUCUGAUUAAUCAUAAUCAUAGAAAACAUCGUGUUAAUAAUUUAACACGAAGUAGCCAUCAUCAUCAAAUGAUGAUGGUAAACAACAACGACAAUAAUAAUAGACAUCGACAACAACAUAGAACAACAAUGUUGUCGUCGACAAAUCGACAAAAUUAUUUUCAUUCUUUACCAAAAUUGCCAUCAAAAAUUUUAUCAACGACUAUUUCUACCUUAAAACAGUCAACAACGAAUAUUUCAUUUAUAAUAUUAAUAUUAUUCUAUUCAUUAAUCAUAUUGAAUCAAUUCAAUGUGGCUAUUUCAACUGUAGUAACAUCCAGUCAUCCUCAUCAUUAUCAUCAUUAUCAAUAUCAUCAGUCAUCAUCAUCAUCAUCACCAUUACCAUUACCAUCAACAUUAGAUGAUGUUGUUGUCGUAAAUAAUUAUCAUGUUGAUCAAGGUAUGGCCGAAGAAGUUGUAGCCGUACCACAUGAUGCAUAUAUUGGUUAUGAAGUAUUAAGGUUAAAAUUUACAUCCAAACCAUUAUAUGAUGUUUCAUUAACAUUAUCAGAUAUUGAUGAUGAUAAUAAUCAUCUUCAAAAUAACAACAACAUUAAGAAUCAAGAAACAAUAUUGACUACUAAUUCAAUUGUUGUUGAACCACAUAUCGAACCAAGAUUUCGUUUGUUAGCUGAAUCGGAUACAGAUUUGAAUUUGGUUUCAAUAUUUGCAUCCGAUUCAGAAGAUUUGGAACGUCAUGUUUAUGAAAUGGUGUCAUCAUCAACAACGAAUGAUGAUAAUGAUAAAGAUGAAUCAUCAUCAUUACCGAAAUCAUCGAAAACACAUUUUACAUUACUAUCCGAUGGACUAUUAAUGACAACAAGAGAUUUAAAAGAUUUGGUUAAUAAACCAGUAUUUUUGGCUGUACGUGAAGAUGCCACACCAUUCUAUGUUCGUGAUCGUGUAUUUCGUAUUAAUGUUUAUAAUAAUACACGUGUUAAUAAAAUACGUUUCAAUCAACCAUCAGCAUUAGGACAUUUAUUGGAAAAUCAACCUUCGCUAACAUUGGUUGAAGGUUUUGAACGUCUUCGUUUGAUUGAUGAUGAAAAUUUAGUUAAUGGUAAUAAUCAACAACCAUUUCGUUUGAUAAAUCAAACAUCAAUAUUGAUUGUUUCAACUAGAUCAUUAGAUCGUGAAUCAAAACCAUAUUAUGAUUAUAUUCUAUCAGCACGUUCAACUGAUAAUAAUAAUAAUUUUUUCGCUCAAGUACCAUUACGUAUUAUGAUUGAUGAUGAAAAUGAUAAUCAACCAAUUUUUGAACGUUCAUUAUAUGAAUUUUAUAUACCACAAGAUCAACCAUUAUAUUCAAUUAUUGGUAAUGUAACUGCAAAAGAUUUAGAUGAAACUGAUUCAGUUGUAUAUCAUCUAACGGAAAGACAUCCAAAUUUUGUUAUUAUACCAAAAACUGGCCAAAUAAUGUUAAUAAAACAUUCCGAACGAAUACCACAACGUUAUGAAUUUGAAUGUUAUGCAACGGAUGAUCGUCGUCCAGCAACUGAACGUCGUUCAUCACAACCAAUACCAAUUAUUGUUGAAAUUUAUCGUGAAGAUACUUAUAAUAAUGAUAAUGAUGAUGUGAAUGAUUCGAAAAUUAAUAAUAAUGAUUCAAUUGCACGUGCACGUGCAAAACGUGAAAUUCGUCAUACAAAAACAUAUGAAUUUAAAGAAUCAGAUGGUUCAACACCGGGUAUGGUUGUUUUUCAAUUGGAUCGUCGUCAACCAAAUGAAAAAUUUCGUCUGGAAACACCAAACAAAUGGGUUACGGUUGAUCCAAACGGAGCGGUUAAAGUAAAAGAACCAUGGGAUUAUGAACAAUUGGGUAAAGAUAAAACUAUUGAUUUUUGGGUUAUUUCAUCAUUGGAAGAUGAUGAUAUUGUUCGACAACGAAUCAUAACACAUAUAAAAGAUGUAAAUGAUGAAAAACCAUAUUUCAUAAAUCGUCCAUUACCAAUGCAAGCAGUUGUACAAUUGAAUGCAAAACCAGGAGAAUCAGUUUAUAAGCUGCAAGCACGUGAUCCUGAUACUGAUCAUAAUAUACAUUAUUUUUUGGUACGUGAUCGAACGGGUGGUCGUUUUGAAGUUGAUGAACGAACAGGUGAAGUUCGUGUAAAAAGUUAUGAACCAUUUAUGUUGGAUAAAGAAUAUGUUAUCUAUGUUAAAGCUGAAGAUCAUAAUGGUCCAACUGGUGAUCGUACAUUUCAAUCAACCGAAGAAGCACGAUUGUCGAUUAUGGGUGGUAAACGUGCACCACAAUUUUAUAUGCCACAUUAUGAAACAACUAUACCGGAAAAUCAACGAAAAGAUUCGGAUAUUAUUGAAGUGAAAGCAAAAUCAUUUGCUGAAAGACAAAUCCGUUAUACAUUGAAAACACAAGGUAGUGCCGGUUCAGGUACAUUCAAUAUUGAACCAACUAGUGGUAUUGUUAAAUUGGCUAAAGAAUUGGAUUAUGAAGAACUUCGGCAACCAAAAACAUAUAAUCUAAUUGUAACAGCUACGGAAGAUUCAGGUGGAUUUUCAACAUCAGUUGAAUUAACCAUAAAAGUUACCGAUGUUAAUGAUAAUGCACCACGGUUUGAAUUACCGGAUUACCAGGCACAUAAUAUUGAUGAAGAUAUUAAUAUUGGUACAUCAAUACUACAAGUAUCGGCUACUGAUCAAGAUACAGGAAAAAAUGCUGAAAUUGUUUAUACUGUUGAUCGUGAUGAUUUUGUUAUCGAUUCAAAAGGAAUUAUUCGUUCAAAUAAACGUCUGGAUGCUGAUAUGAAUAAUACAUAUGUAUUUACAGUACGUGCAACUGAUAAAGGUGAUCCACCGUUAACCGGUACAGCAACUGUACGUGUUUAUACGGAAAAUAAAAAUGAUGAAUCACCAAAAUUUUCACAAGAUGUUUAUACACCAAAUGUUGAUGAAAAUGCUGGCCCAGAUACAUUGGUCACUACUGUUGUGGCUAGUGAUAAAGAUGGUGAUGGAAUUUUGUUUGGUUUUGUUGGUGGUGGUACUACAUCGGGAAUGUUUACUAUUGAAGAACGAACAGGUGUUAUACGAUUAACAUCCGGUAAUAUUGAAUUAGAUAAAGAUAAAUAUGAAUUAAAUGUAACGGCACGUGAUGAUGGUUCGUGUUGUCGUAAUGGUGCACGUACUAUUCAUACAAGUACAGCUUUAGUUGUUGUUUUCAUUACCGAUGUUAAUGAUAAUAAACCAGUAUUUGAUGAAUGUAAUUCAUAUGAACCAAAAGUUGAAGAAGGUGCUGCAAGUGGUACACAUGUUAUAACGGUAAAAGCUACUGAUCAAGAUAAAGGACAUAAUGGCCAAGUUCGUUAUUCAAUUGUACAACAACCAAAUCAAAAAGGAACAAAAUUUGUUGUCGAUGAAAUUACUGGUGAAGUGAAAACAAAUAAAGUUUUUGAUCGUGAAGGUGAUGAUGGUCGUUUUGUAUCGGUUACUGUUAAAGCUACUGAUCGUGGUUCACCACCAUUAGAAGGUGUUUGUUCAUUUAAGGUUGAAAUUACCGAUAUAAAUGAUAAUCCACCAUUAUUUGAUCGACAAGAAUAUAAAGAAUAUGUUCGUCAAGAUACAGCAUUAGGUACAAAUAUUUUACGUGUUUCAGCAUCGGAUGAAGAUGCCGAUAUGAAUGGUAUUAUCACUUAUAAUCUAACGGCAUUAGAUCGUCAUUCAGAUUUAAGUUAUUUUCGUAUAAAUCCUGAAUCUGGUUGGAUUAGUCUUUCACGGCCAUUAGAUGGUGAUCAUUAUUCAAUGCGUGCAAUUGCAACGGAUAAUGGUUAUCCACAACAUCGUGCAACUGUAGAUAUUUCCAUUGAUGUUGUUGAUCGUGCUAAUAAUCCACCAAUUUGGGAUAAACCUGAAUAUGGACCAAUACGGAUACCGGAAAAUGUUCCAAUUGGACAUAAAGUUAUAUCGAUUAAAGCCCGAUCUGGAAUACCGGAUAAUCCUACUGUUUUCUAUACGCUGAUGAAAGGUGGUACCGAACAAACAAAUAAAAAAGAUACAUUCUAUGUUAUACAAAGUCCGGGUGAAGGUGAUGAAAUAUGGGCCGAUAUUUGUGUUAAUCAACCAUUAGAUUUUGAAAAAAUUAAUCAAUAUAACCUGACUGUUCGUGUACAGAAUAAUGGUGUACAACAACUAGGAUCGGAAGCUACUGUUCACAUUUAUCUUAUGGAUGUUAAUGAUGAAAUACCAUUGUUUAUUGAAAAAGAACAGGAAACUGUUUUGGAAGGAAUGCCACCCGGUACAAAAGUUACACAAGUUGAAGCUAUCGAUAAAGAUGGUACACCACCAUUCAAUAAAGUUUUCUAUUCAAUUAUGCCAAAAGGUAGUGAUACAAAUAUACCGUUUAAAAUUGAUCGUGAAACGGGUGAAAUAUUUACAAAUAUUGAAUUUGAUCGUGAAGAAAAACAAGCAUAUGCUAUUCUGGUUCGUGCUGAAGAUGGUGCACCAUCAGCUCGACCGAAUAUGAAAAAUAAUGAACCAAAUUAUGUUACCAAAUAUAUUCGUAUUGCUAUCGGUGAUAAAAAUGAUAAUCCACCUUAUUUUGAUCAAGCAUUAUAUGAUGCUGAAGUUAAUGAAGAUGAAGAUAUUCAUCAUACAGUUAUUACUGUUACGGCUAAAGAUAAAGAUGAAUCAUCAAAAAUUCGUUAUGAAAUUACACGUGGUAAUCAUGGUGGUGCAUUUGCUGUGAAAAAUGAAACCGGUGCCAUUUAUGUUGCCGGUCCAUUAGAUUAUGAAUCACGGAAAGAGUAUAAUCUGACCCUAGUUGCAUCGGAUACAUUGCACGAAAAUUCCACUCAAGUUCGUUUAUUCAUUAAAGAUAUUAAUGAUUUACCACCAAAAUUUGAAAAAAGUUCCUAUGAAACAACAAUACUUGAAGAAGAUGAUCAAGAUUUACCCAAAAUGAUACUUAAGGUCACUGCAACCGAUGGUGAUCGUGAUCGUCCUCAGGCAAUUGUAUAUUUCUUGACCGGUCAAGGAAUUGAUGAUAAAAAUCCACGUAAUAGUAAAUUUUCAAUCAAUUCUACAACUGGUGAAAUUUAUGUGCUGAAACCAUUGGAUCGUGAUCUACCAACUGGUCGUUCACAAUGGCGUUUUACUGUAUUUGCUGAAGAUGAAGGUGGUAAUGGUUUGGUUGGUUAUGCUGAUGUAUUGGUCAAUCUAAGGGAUAUCAAUGAUAAUGCACCAUUUUUUCCACAAUCAAGAUAUGAAGGAAAUGUUACUGAAAAUGGUACAGCCGAUAUGACAGUUAUGACCAUGACAGCUGUUGAUUAUGAUGAUCCGAACGAAGGAUCGAAUGCACGUUUGAAAUAUGCAAUCGAACAAAAUCCAGUUAAUGAACGUGGUGAAUUGAUAUUUAAAAUUGAUGAAGAUACUGGUACAAUUUCAACAUUGGUUUGUUGUUUAGAUCGUGAACAAAACCCGGAAUAUGUUAUAAAAGUAGUGGCUACUGAUGGUGGUGGUCUGAAAGGAACCGGUUCAGCAACGAUAAAAAUACGUGAUAUUAAUGAUAUGCCACCAGAAUUUACUAAAAAAGAAUGGAGCGUAGAAGUUGAUGAAACUGAUGGUGAAAUGUUACCGGAAAAUCCAAUCCUAGUUGUUUCGGUUAAUGAUCAAGAUUUACUUGAAACAAAUCGUUUUAGCUAUCGUGUACUCGAAAAUUCAGUUGGUGCUGAUAAAUUUACAAUGGUUACUAAUUCAGAUGGUACCGGAUCGUUAAAAGUUGCUAAACCAUUAGAUUAUGAAGAUUAUCAACAACGUUAUGGUUUUAAUAUUACCAUACAAGUUAGUGAUAGUGGUGAAAGUUCUGAAUCAUAUCAUGUUGAUUAUGCAAAAGUUUAUAUCCGAUUACGAGAUAUUAAUGAUAAUAAACCAGAAUUUAAGGAAACAAAUUUGGAUGUUACCGUACAAGAAGAUGCUAAUAUUGGAACACCGUUAGCAACAUUUGUUGCACAUGAUGCUGAUCAAGGUGGAAAAUCAAGAGUUAGUUAUGCUAUUGAUCGAUCAUCGGAUAAAAAACGUCAAUUUGUUAUUGGACAAGAUGGUGUUGUUAAAACACAACGAAUGUUGGAUCGUGAAGAUACACCAAGGCAUCAUGUAAAAAUUUUGGCUAUUGAUGAUGGUAUCCCUGCACGAACAGCUACUACAACAUUGACGGUGAUUGUUGUCGAUGUUAAUGAUAAUGCACCAAGAUUUCUAAAAGAUUAUCGUCCAGUAAUUAUGGAACAUCAAGGACCAACAAAAGUUGAAGAAAUUCUUGCCACUGAUGAUGAUGAUCGUUCACGAAAUAAUGGUCCACCAUUUACAUUUCGUUUAUCGAAAGAUGCAUCCGAUACAAUCAAAGAAUAUUUUGAUGUACAUCAAGAUCAUAAAGGUGCUAAUGGUGAUGGUAUGGCUAUUGUAACAUCGAAAAAAGAAUUUGAUCGUGAAAUUCAAAAAGAAUACCUAGUACCGAUUGUUAUUAAAGAUAGUGGUUAUCCAUCAAAAUCUGGUACAUCAACAUUAACUGUUAUUAUUGGUGAUAUUAAUGAUAAUCGUAUGUAUCCGGGUAGUAAAAAUAUUUUCGUAUAUAAUUUUUUGGGACAAUCACCACCAACACCUAUUGGUAGAGUUCAUGUUGAAGAUUUGGAUGAUUGGGAUCUGCCGGAUAAAUCAUUUAUAUGGGAUGGUGGUAUUGCACAUCCAUUAUUCGAUCUGAAUACUGAUGAUGGUAUGAUAACAAUGAAAAAUGUUACGAAUGGUGAAUAUUUUCUACGAUUUAAUGUUCAUGAUCGUAAACAUACACAAAAUGUUCCGGCUAAUGUUACGGUUGUUGUACGUGAACUACCUGAAGAAGCUGUUUAUAAUUCUGGUUCGAUUCGUGUUAGUGGUAUAACGGCUGAAGAUUUUAUUCGGGUUUGGUUUCCACAUCGGCAAAAACAAGAAAAAAGUAAAUAUGAAAAAUUUAAAGAUGUUCUAGCUCGAAUACUUAAAGUACAACGUGAAAAUUUGGAUGUAUUCAGUGUUAUAACACGUUCAGAACGACCACCAAUAACAGAUAUUCGGUUUUCAGCACAUGGUUCACCUUAUUUAAAAUCAGUAUUUUUGGAUGGUGCUGUAACAUUGAAUCGAAAAGUAAUUGAACAUCAAGUUGGUAUUAAUAUUACUAUGGUCGGUAUUGAUGAAUGUUUAGUGGAAAAUCUAAAUUGUGAAGGUUCAAGUUGUACAAAUGUUCUGGAAAUUUAUCCACAACCAAUAUUUGUUAAUGCAAAUCGUACAUCGUUUGUCGGAGUGAAUGUUGGUGUUCGUCCAAAAUGUACAUGUGGUCCAAGAGAUUUUGAUGAAACUGAAACAUGUCGAAAAAUGCCACCACAUUGUUUGAAUGGUGGCCGUUGUUCGGAUUCAUUAGUUGGUGCAUUAUGUACAUGUCCACGUGGUUAUUCGGGUCCACGUUGUGAAAUGCCUUCACGUACAUUCCAUGGUGAUGGUUGGGCAUGGUAUCCACCAUUACAAGUUUGUUCUGAUUCACAUUUAUCAAUUGAAUUUAUGACCCGUACACCAAACGGUCUGCUUUUCUAUAAUGGUCCAAUGGGUGAACCAAUCGAAGGAGAAUAUAAAAUUACCGACUUUAUUUCAUUGGAAUUGAAUCGUGGUAAUCCAAGAUUAUUGAUUGAUUUUGGUUCCGGUACGGCUGAAUUAACUGUUCAUCCAAUUGGUGAUCUACAUGAUGGUGAAUGGCAUCGUAUUGAUUUAUUUUGGUCACGUGAAACGGCAAGAAUUUUAGUUGAUAAAUGUGCUGGCAUACCAUUCAAUGAUGAUGAUCUGAUGCGUGUUGAUCGUUCACGUUGUGAAAAUAUUACACAAAUUGUUGGAUUUAAUGAAUUUCUUAAUCUAAAUAGUCCAUUACAAGUUGGUGGAAUAUCACAUUCAUUAGCCAAUUCAAAUUAUUAUAAUCUUCCAUCAAAAACUGGAUUUAAUGGUUGCAUCAGGAAUCUAAUACAUAAUAGUGUUAUGUAUGAUCUUGGUUCACCGGGUUCAUAUUCAAAUUCUGAACCUGGUUGUCAAAUAUCGGAAGAAUUAUGUAAAGCAAAUUCAAUAUAUGGUCGUUGUACUAAUGGUGAAUGUCAAGCAAGUUUUAAUUCAGCACGGUGUUUAUGUGAACCAGGUUGGACUGGUCCGAAUUGUGAUCGUGAAACAAUGUCAAAAAUGUUUCAAACAAAUAGCUAUAUUAAAUAUGCAAUAUCAUUUGAUCCGGAUCCUUAUCGUAAUGAAAUUCAGCUACAAUUUCGAACAAGGCAAAAAAAUGGUGAACUAUUUCGUGUAGCCAGCAAACAUUAUCGUGAAUAUUGGAUUCUAGAAAUUAAAGAUAAAAAAUUACGUUUCCGUUUUAAUUUGAAUAAUUUGGAAGAACGUGAAUUAUGGUUGCCAUUUGUUUCGGUUUCGGAUGGUCAAUGGCAUACGGUAAAAGUUCAACGUUAUGGUUCAACUGCUGCUAUUGCAUUGGAUGGUGGUGGUGGUCGUCGUUUUAAUGAAAUUACUGAAUAUGAAGGCUUGCAUCAAUUGUUGUUGGUUGAUAAACAAAAUGUUAUGGCCGGUGGUUUUGCACAGAUUGUUGGUCCAUCACAAUAUAUUGUUGAUUUUGAUUAUGUUGAAGGCUGUUUGGCUGAUAUACGUUUAGAUGGCCGUCCUUUACCAAUGGAAAAUGGAUCGGAAAAUGCAUUUGUUGUUGAAGCUCGUAAUAUAAUUACUGGUUGUCCAUCAAAUAAUCCAUGUGAAGGAAUACAUUGUAAUCAUCCAUUUGAAUGUAUUGAUUUAUGGAAUCUACAUGAAUGCAGAUGUCCACUUGGUUUUCGUACAACUGGUGAUGGAAAAAAUUGUACCGAUUUGAAUGAAUGUUAUCCAUUAAAUCCAUGUCUUAAUGGUGGUACUUGUUUUAAUUUACCUGAAGGACGUGGAUUUCAUUGUCAAUGUUUACCACAUUAUUCCGGUCAAUAUUGUAAUGCUCAACGUAUUGGAAAAGAGCUUCAAUUAAGCAAUUCAGCAUUGAUUAUCAUAUUAAUAUUAUCAUUUAAUUUUAUCAUUUUGAUUGCUGCCUUUUUAAUUUAUAAACGAAGUAAACGACCACAUCAAAAAUUUGGACAUGAUGUUGAUGAUGAUGUUCGUGAAAAUAUUAUCAGUUAUGAUGAUGAAGGUGGUGGUGAAGAUGAUAUGAAUGCAUAUGAUAUAACACCAUUACGUAUACCGAUUGAUCCAACUGGUCAAACAAUACCGGGAAAACCAACAAUGAUUCGAGAUAUGCGUCAUCACCGUCAAUUUCCAUCUGAUGGUGGCCAUCCUGAUGUUGGUGAAUUGAUACGGGAAAAUCUGGAAAAAGCUGAUACCGAUCCUAAUGCACCACCAUUUGAUGAUUUACGUAAUUAUGCAUAUGAAGGUUGUGGUAGUACAGCUGGUUCAUUAAGUUCAUUAGCAUCAGCUAUGGAUGAUAAUGAACAAGAUUUUGAUUAUUUGAAUCGUUGGGGACCAAGAUUUCAAAAUUUAGCUGUUAUGUAUGUACAAGGUGAAAGUGAAGAAGAAUAAUGAAUUUUUCAAACAAACAACAACAACAACGAUGCAAUAGAAAAUGUAAAAAUCAAAAACAACGGAAAACUUGCAAUCAUUUGCAUUCUAUAUUUUGCUCAAUCUCAACAAACAACAACUUUUGUGUAAUCAAUCAAUCGAUUUUUUGGAUAAUUUUUUUUGAUCUCAACUAAUUUUCUCGCUGGACGUCGACUUUUUUUACAAAAUUUUAACAUUUUCUUUUCUUUAUAUAAUAAUAUUCUAUACAAAUAUCAUCGACAUUCCAUCAGAUUGACAUUUUUU